AUGGAGAAUUACGAUAUCGUGAUAAUAGGGGCAGGGCCCGUGGGCUUGACCAUCUCGACGAGCCUUGCUAGGUGGGGCUACAAAAUAAAGCACAUUGACAAUCGACCCGAACCCACGGCGACUGGUCGCGCAGAUGGCAUCCAACCUCGAUCCCUCGAUCUACUUCGAAACAUGGGAUUAAAACGGCAGAUCAUGGCACACGACCCAGCCAAGGUUUACGAAGUCGCGUUUUGGGACCCUUCGGCGAAAGGAAUCCACCGCACAGGCACCUGGGCGAGUUGUCCCAAGUUCAUCGACGCCAGGUACCCAUUCACAACCUUGCUGCACCAGGGACUGAUAGAGCGUGUUUUCAUCGAGGACAUCGAAAAGCACGGAGGACAGAUACAGCGGCCAUGGACAAUCACUGGAUUUAAGAACGAUGGGAAAGACCCCGUGUACCCCGUGGAAGUGAAUCUGGCUCACGUGGAUGGGACCUCGAAAGAAACAGUCAGGGCAAAGUACUUGUUUAGCGGCGAGGGAGCAAGGUCCUUCGUUAGAGACCAACUGGGAGUUCAAAUACAUCACAAAGACCCCAUUGCUCAUGUUUGGGGUGUCAUGGACGGUGUCGUGCGAACCGACUUUCCAGACAUCAAGAUGAAAUGUACUAUCCACUCCGACGCAGGAUCCAUUAUGGUGAUCCCUCGAGAGAACAACAUGGUCAGGCUGUACAUACAACUUGCCUCCUCGACAGACAAGGAUUGGAACCCACGGAAAACAGCCACGGAGGAGGAGGUCCAAUCACACGCAAAGAAAAUAUUAAAACCCUACCACAUAGAAUGGGACCGUGUGGAAUGGUAUUCAGCCUACCCAAUCGGACAGGGGAUUGCUGAGCGUUACACGCUGGACGAAAGAGUAUUCAUGGGCGGCGAUGCCUGCCAUACACAUAGCCCCAAAGCUGGACAAGGUAUGAACACUGCUUUCCUCGACGCUGUUAAUCUUGCAUGGAAAAUCCACCAUGUCGAGUCGGGCUUCGCUUCUCGCUCCAUCCUCAACACGUACGAGUCUGAGCGCAAGCUCGUUGCUGAGAAUCUCCUUGAUUUUGACGCACGCUAUGCAAAGCUUUUUUCCGCCCGCAUCCCCUCCGCCGGCGAAGUCGGCAGUGCAAACACUCAGGCCGCCGCCCAAGCCGCCUCGAAGCACGAACCGGAAGAGAAUGACUUCGUCAAGACAUUCAAAGCAAGCUGCGAGUUCACCAGUGGCUAUGGUGUUGCUUAUGAUGCAAAUAUUUACAACUGGUCACCCGUACACCCAGCUCAGUCGCCCCUCUUCCUGUCCUACCAGAAGGGUACACACCUUCGCACUGGCCGCAUCCUUACCCCUGCCACUGUAACCCGCGUUGUGGACGCGAACGUCGUCCACCUCGAGCAAGAGAUUCCGUUCAACGGCUCCUUCCGCCUGUACAUCUUUGCCGGUACUCCUGCGAUCUCUUCGGCAGCACUCGAUGACCUCGCAACCUACAUGACUGCUCCACGCUCAUUCUUCUCAACAUACCUUCACCAGAACGAGGACACUGACCGUUACCAUGAGCGCCAUAACCCGCACACGCCAUUCCUGACGCUCACGACCGUUGUGGCUUUACCCCGCGCUGAGAUCGAGAUCGACGACUUGCUCCCACCAGUGCUGAGUAGGUACAGAGAUCACGUGUACGCAGAUGACAUAUGGGACGCACGGGUACCGGAAGCGAAAGCAGCAGCGCAUGCAAAGAUAGGGCUAGAUGAAGAGAAAGGCGGCGUGGUGGUAGUGCGGCCAGAUGGCUAUGUUGGUUGUGUGGUGAAGCUGGAACAGGGGACUGGUACUGUGGAUGCUUUGAACGCCUACUUUGGGUCGUUCACGGGCAAGUCGAUGGGUGGAGCAGAGGCAAAGCUAUGA